GGCCCUCCAAGACAUAUAUCAGGCAACAGACAGUAACCAGAGGGUUACUACUGAAGGGUUGUCUCACUCCAGUCCGGAAGAGCUGCUGGCUGUGCAGGCUUUCAAUCCAGCUCUGUUGUACACCAGAUUCAAGUAUUCACUAUUAUGGUCUCCUCUCAGAACCAUAUUUAUCUGAAACAGAUGCUGUGGUGGGUACUUAUAUUUGUUCUAUUUCACACGUGUACAAGUGUGUUUUAUAAACGUGUGAAUUGGAAAGUUUUCUUUUUUGCAUAUCCCAACCCCCCCUGAGACACCCUCUGAGAGUUAGUCCAGGUCUGAACCCUGGACUAACUCCUGGAGAACCCUGGACCAGACCCUAGAGGACCCUGGACUAAGUCCUGGAGAACCCUGGACCAGACCCUAGAGGACCCUGGACUAUGUCCUGGAGAACCCUGGACCAGACCCUAGAGGACCCUGGACUAAGUCCUGGAGAACCCUGGACCAGACCCUAGAGAACCCUGGACCAGACCCUAGAGAACCCUGGACCAGACCCUAGAGGACCCUGGACUAUGUCCUGAAGAACCCUGGACCAGACCCUGGAUGGUACCCACCACCACUCUGACCCUGGAUGGUACCCACUACUGCAGUAAUAAACAUAGUGAAUCCAGGCCGGGUAUGGUUGACCUCGGGGGGUCAUGGUCCUCGCCACAAAGUCCCAUGAUGUAGAGCGCUGCCUGCCAGGGCUGAUCAGCCACUUUCUGAGACGAAAGAUACAAAAAGGACAUUGAAGAAGAGGCAGACAAUAAGGGCCAAUCGGUGGAGGGCCAUAAAAAGGAUAGACGCACACAGACAGCCAACAACCCUGGACACAGACAGCCAACAACCCUGGACACAGACAGCCAACAACCCUGGACACAGACAGCAACCAACAGUUGUGGUGCAUUUAGGAGGACUGUGCUAUCCCAGGCUUCUCCUUGAUGCUGUACACUUUAGCAGGAGGGGGUACACUCUGUGGGGUGGCCGCCCUCGUGCUCCUCAUCGUGUCCACGGCAACCGACUUCUGGAUGCAGUACCGCUACUCGGGAGCGUCGGCCAAUCAGGGCCUCUGGAGGUUUUGCAUCAAUCACAAGUGCCACGCCCACACCAUCACUGUGGCCUUCUGGGAUGCGACAAGGGCCUUCAUGUUGCUGUCUGUGCUGAGCUGCUUUGCUGGCGUAUUACUGGGCCUGAGUGCCUUCGGCAACGGCACCAAGAGCAGGAGGGUUCGGACUGGGGGCUUCGCUCUGCUCCUGUCAGGUUUCCUAGCUCUGUUAGCUCUGGCCAUCUACACUGGCGUGACGGUCAACUUCUUUGGCAAGCGCUUCCUUGAUUGGCGCUUUUCCUGGUCCUACAUCGUAGCUUGGGUGGCCAUCAUCUUAUCUUUCGCUGCUGGUGGGUUUCACCUCUGUGCCUAUCAGAAGAACAUUGCCGAACCGCCUCCUACCAAUGUUGAAGAAAGCUAAAUGGGAAGUAAUCGUUUACCUGCACACUAAAGAAACAGCUACCAACCACUCGUCUUUACUAUUGUCACUGAUGGCGAUGUGACAGCAGCUGUGGAAACAACAUGUCCGGCAAAAUCUGCUGAACAGAAUAAAUAGGACUGUUUGACUCCAGCUUGGUCUCUAGUUCACUGCUUAGUCUUUUAAUCUUUUAAUCUGUUUUCUGGUGAAGCUAUGUACGGAAUGUUCUAAUUGUUUAAACAAAUGCUAAUUGACCACCUUUGUUCUUAACUGACUUGCCUAGUUAAAUAAAGGUAAAAUAAAAAAUCUAA